GAGACAGUUCUACCGCCUUACAGAUAACACUUUCGAUAUAUUUCAUACUACUUCUUUAUUUACUUUUUCAGAUAUUGUAUUCACGAAACGAAACAAUCAUGAUGAUGCUUCUGGCUUGGUUAGCAGUCCUCGUGACUGCUGUAAUGCUGUACCUUCGACGCCUAUACUCCAGCUUCAGUCGUCAUGGUGUAAAGCACUGGAAGCCGGCCCUUAUCAUCGGCAAUAAUGCCAAAUUGAUGUUGGGUAGAGAACAUGUCUUUGACCAUAUCCUCGAACUGUACAGGAGCUUUCCCGAUGAGAGGUUCAUCGGGAAAUACGAUUUCAUAAAGGAGUUGAUUAUAAUCCGUGAUCUCGAGCUUGUCAAGAAGAUCGCUAUCAAGGACUUUGAACACUUCCUCGACCACCAGUCCGUAUUGGCCCCCGAAGAUUCUUUCUUCUCCAAAAAUCUGUUUUCUUUAAAAGGUCAAGAAUGGAAAGAAAUGCGUUCUACGUUGAGUCCAGCGUUCACGAGCUCCAAGAUACGUUUAAUGGUGCCUUUUAUGGUGGAGGUCGGAGACCAGAUGAUGAGGAUGAUUCGUCAAAAAAUAAAUGAAUCUGAAGAUGGAUCCAUAGAAUUGGAUUGCAAAGACCUGACGACUCGUUACGCUAACGAUGUGAUUGCGACCUGUGCCUUUGGUUUGAAGGUGGAUUCCCAGAAGGACCGAGACAACAGUUUCUACCAUAUAGGAAAAGAAGCCUCAAAUUUCGAUAAACUUAAAUUGUUUAAGAUGAUGAUCAUUUCUAACGCACCAGUCAUAGCUAAGUUAUUGAAGUUAGAUAUCAUCUCGGAGUCAUGUAAGCAAGCAUUAAGAAAUAUAGUACUCAGUACGAUGGAGAACCGAGAAUUGAAUAAUAUUGUCAGACCCGACAUGAUUCAUUUGUUAAUGGAAGCUAGAAAAGGCAAACUGACUCAUGAAGAUGUUAAUACAAAUGAUAUGGCUGCUGGAUUUGCUACUGUUGAAGAAUCAGCUGUAGGGAAGAAAGUAAUUGAUAAAGUGUGGACCGACGAUGAGCUCGUUGCUCAAGCGGUGGUGUUCUUCAUUGCUGGAUUUGAGUCUAUUUCAACUGGGAUGGUGUUCCUACUCUACGAGUUGGCUACAAACCCUGAUGUGCAAGAGCGACUGGCGCAGGAGAUCAAGGAGACUGACGCCAAGAACGGCGGCAAGUUCGACUUCAACUCCAUACAGAACAUGGUCUACAUGGAUAUGGUGGUGUCAGAGGUCAUCCGUCUGUGGCCACCUGGUGUUGUUCUGGACAGAAUAUGUACAAAGGACUACAAUUUGGGUAAACCUAACCCACAAGCAGACAAAGAUUAUAUUCUCCGCAAAGGUACUGGGAUUUGGAUUCCCACUUACGCCUUCCACCGUGAUCCCGAGUACUUCCCGAACCCAGACAAGUUCGAUCCUGAGCGCUUCUCAGAAGAGAACAGGCACACCAACAAUAUGUCUGCUUAUAUGCCUUUCGGAGUGGGACCUAGGAAUUGCAUUGGUUCAAGAUUUGCGCUUUGCGAAAUAAAAGUUAUGGUCUACCAGAUCCUUAAAGAAAUGGUGCUCUCGCCUUCUAAGAAGACCUGCAUACCAGCGAAGUUGAGCAUAGGUUCGUUUAACUUGAAGCUGGAAGGAGGAGACUGGAUUAAGUUCACGCCGAGGAAGAAUAGACACACCUGGGUUUUGCUAGCGCUGUAUUUGACCACGUUGGCAUCACUCCAGUCGGAGACCGCCAUCAAGGACGAGUUCAAACGUGCGACCAAGGAUUCUUUUAGAGACCGGAUCUGUGUUGCUUUUCACAACUGUGCUGUCACCUGCAUACCCAAAGAUACCCGACUUAAGGAGGUCAUUUCUGUGCAAUCAUCAGGAAAUCCAUAUGCAGGAAGCUUGCCGAUAAGACUGUCAUACCAUACCCUGUUAAAGGCCUUCGAAAUAUCGAGGGAGACUGCCAAUGCUUCCCCGUGCCCUCUUAAUGGCCUCGCUCUAAAUGUGAGUGGCAUACGCAAGAAGGUCCCCAGUAGAUCGGUUACGUCGAAACCCAUAUCGCUGAUCGCUGAGGAGGUCGUAACCUUCAAGAUCGUGAUGUUCCUCUUGGUCUUGUUGACGAUCCUGGUCGUAGCGACAACGUUGUAUUUCCGCAAGCUGUACUCUUCCUUCAGCCGCCAUGGCAUUAAGUACAUAAAGCCAAUACCACUCUUCGGUAGUAUGGUUAACAUAAUCUUACGCAAAGAACAUGUGAGUGACCAGCUUUCAAGACUUUAUAACGAAUUCCCCGAGGAAAGAUUCAUGGGAAGAUAUGAAUUCACGAAAGAACUAAUUGUUCUUCGUGACCUCGAGCUGAUUAAGAAGAUAACUGUGAAAGAUUUUGAGCAUUUCAUCGACCACCGCUUCGUGUUUGGCAACAGCGAGUCCUACACCUCCAGGAACUUGGUGUCUCUAAGAGGCCAAGAAUGGAAGGAUAUGCGCUCCACGUUAAGCCCGGCUUUCACGAGCUCCAAGAUGCGUAUGAUGGUACCCUUUAUGAUAGAGGUCGGAGAUCAAAUGAUGCAUUCACUUCAUAGACUUAUAAAACAAUCUAAGGAUGGCUCCGUAGACUUAGAUUGCAAAGACCUGACCGGUCGCUAUGCUAACGAUGUGAUUGCCUCCUGUGCUUUUGGUCUGAAGGUGGAUUCCCACAAUGACAAAAAUAACAGCUUCUACGAACUGGGAAAAGAGAUGUCCUCAAUAAAUUUCCGCCAGACACUCACCAUUUUUAUACUUAGUAACGCAUCAAUCUUAGCUGAGUACUUGAAGUUGGAUAUCCUCUCCGAGGCAUCAAGAAAUGUAUUUAGAUCUAUAGUCUUGGAUGCAAUGCGGAACAGAGAGUUGAAGAAUAUUAUCAGACCCGACAUGAUUCACUUGUUAAUGGAAGCCAAAAAAGGCAAAUUGACGCAUGACGAUAUAAAUCCGGAUGAUAGGGCUGUUGGAUUUGCUACUGUCACGGAAUCAGCUGUAGGAAAGAAAGCAGUCAACAGAGAUUGGAGUGACGAUGAUCUCGUUGCUCAAGCAGUUGUAUUCUUCGUAGCCGGAUUUGAGACGGUUUCAUCAGCAAUGUCGUUCCUAAUGUACGAACUUGCUUUGAACCCAGACGUACAAGAGCGGCUGGUACAAGAGAUCAAGGAUACUGAUGCUAAGAACGGUGGCAAGUUCGACUUCAACUCCAUACAGAACAUGGUCUACAUGGAUAUGGUGGUGUCAGAAAUCCUUCGAAUUUGGCCACCUGCAACUUUCCUCGACAGACUUUGCCAUAAAGAUUAUAAUUUAGGCAAGCCGAACCCGAAAGCGGAGAAAGAUUAUAUUGUCCGCAAAGGUACUGGAGUCUUGAUACCAGUUUAUAGUAUCCACCAUGACCCAAAAUACUACCCCAAUCCAGAAAAGUUCGACCCUGAGCGCUUCUCGGCAGCAAACAGGCACACAAUUAAUCCACUUACGUAUAUACCUUUUGGUAUUGGGCCUAGGAAUUGCAUUGGGUCAAGAUUUGCGCUGUGUGAGAUUAAGGUGAUGACAUAUCAGAUUCUCAGAGAAAUGGAAGUUUCCCCUUGUGAGAAGACCUGCAUACCGGCGAAGCUGUCCAACGAAUCUUUCAAUCUCAAGCUACAAGGAGGACACUGGGUCAAGUUCAGGCCGAGGAUCAUGAUGAUCCUGUUGAUCUGGUUGGCGGUCCUGGUUGCCGCGGUAACGCUAUACUUCCGCAAGCUGUACUCCACCUUCAAUGACUAUGGCGUCAAGCACAAACCGCCAGUCCCUAUCUUCGGCAAUAUGCACAAGAUAAUCUUUCGCACAGAACAUAUAAAUGAUGCGCUUACAAAUCUCUACAACGAAUUUCCUGAGGAAAGGUUCGUUGGGAGAUAUGAAUUCAAUAAGGAGAUAAUAUUAGUUCGCGACCUAGAGCUAAUAAAGAAGAUAACUGUGAAAGAUUUCGAGCACUUCAUCGACCACCGCUUCGUGUUUGGCAACAGCGAGUCCUACUUCUCCAGGAACUUGCUGUCUCUAAGAGGUCAGGAAUGGAAGGACAUGCGCUCCACGCUGAGUCCAGCGUUUACGAGUUCAAAAAUGCGUCUGAUGGUGCCUUUCAUGGUGGAGGUCGGAGACCAGAUGAUGCGGUCGCUUAAUAAAAUUAUAAAGGAAUCCAAGAGUGGCUCCAUAGACGUAGAAUGCAAAGACCUGACGACCCGCUACGCUAACGAUGUGAUUGCCUCCUGCGCCUUUGGUCUCAAGGUGGACUCACACAAUGAUAAAAACAACAGUUUCUACGCACUGGGAAAGGAGACAUCCACAUUAAAUUUCCGAAAAGUACUCAACUCCUUCGUACUCGUUGUAGCACCAGCUGUUGGUGAGUUCUUUAAGUUGGAUAUUCUCUCGGAAGACUCAAAAAAGGCAUUCAAAUCUCUGGUCUUGGAUACAAUGGAAAACCGAGAAUUGAAGAAUAUUAUCAGACCUGACAUGAUUCACUUGUUAAUGGAAGCCAAGAAAGGCAAACUGACUCACGAAGAUAUUAAAUCCAAUGAUGUGGCUGCUGGAUUUGCUACUGUUACGGAAUCCGCUGUAGGAAAGAAAGCAGUCAACAGAGAAUGGAGUGACGGUGAUCUUGUGGCUCAAGCAGUGCUAUUCUUCGUUGCUGGAUUUGAAACUGUCUCGUCAGGGAUGUCAUUCCUACUCCACGAACUUGCUAUGAAUCCUGACGUACAGGAGCGGCUGGCGCAGGAGAUCAAGGAGACUGACGCUAAGAACGGCGGCAAAUUCGACUUCAACUCCAUACAGAACAUGGUCUACAUGGAUAUGGUGGUGUCAGAAGUCCUACGAUUUUGGCCACCUGCACUUGCUCUUGACAGACUUUGCACUAAAGACUACAAUGUGGGUAAACCCAACCCGAAAGCCGAGAAAGAUUAUAUUGUCCGCAAAGGUACUGGAGUUUGGGUACCGAUUUACCCUAUCCAUCAUGAUCCUCAAUACUACCCUAAUCCGGACAAGUUCGACCCUGAGCGGUUCUCAGAAGAAAACAGACACACCAUUAAUCCACUCGCUUACAUGCCCUUCGGUGCUGGACCUAGGAAUUGCAUUGGAUCAAGAUUUGCACUCUGCGAGAUAAAAGUGAUGACAUACCAGAUCCUCAAAGAAAUGGAACUCUCUCCUUGUGAAAAGACUUGCAUACCAGCAAGGCUAUGCAAAAAGAGUUUCCAACCAAGACUGCAUGGAGGGCACUGGCUCAGGUUCAGAACGAGAACUUAGAAGACGAGGAUGGUGGCCACAACUAAACUGUAA